UAAAAAUAAUUUGAUAAACUUUUAUAAGCCAAGUAACUAUUUAUAUGCAAUGAAAGCAUUGUAAAAUAAUGAACAUUUGUGUUUUUCUACAGUUGUUUCAAUAUUCCGCAACUUUCAGUUUCAGUGUAGUUUAUUCAUUAUAAUAAUGACGUUUUUAGGCAUAAAGUUGCUUGUCACUACCCUUACCAAACAAAAUUAUUAUGCUUCUAGGUUAAAGGCUUGGAAGCCAAUUCAAAGAUUUUUCUGGUCUGCAUUAUCAAAACGUCAAUUCAGUACCACAUCAUUAGUUGAUGCGCCUACACCAGUACACGCACCUCCACUAACAAUCUUUUCUGAGGAUGAAGCUCUUCUCAAGGAAACAGCAAACAAGUUCGCAGACGAAAUGGUCGCUCCCCUUGUCAAGAAAAUGGAAAAAGACAAGAAAAUUGACGAAGGACUCCUGAAAGCUCUUUUUGAUAAUGGGUUCAUGGGCCUGGAGAUAGACACUAAGUACGGUGGUGCAGGAUCUUCGUUUUUCUCCAGCAUUCUGAUAAUAGAGGAGAUAUCGAGGGUCGAUCCAGCUCUGAGCAUCAUAGUCGACAUUCAAAAUACUCUCGUCAAUGCGAUGAUAGCCAAGCUGGGCACACAGCAACAGAAAGACAAGUACUUGCCAAGGCUUGCUACUGAUAUGGCUUCGAGCUUCUGCUUAUCAGAAACGCAAUCCGGCUCCGAUGCGUUUGCGCUGAGAACGAAGGCUGUCAAGGAAGGAAGUGACUACAUUAUCAACGGCUCCAAAAUGUGGAUUUCCAAUUCAGAUGUGGCCGGCCUAUUUCUGGUCAUGGUUAAUGCUGAUGUAUCCAAGGGAUACAGAGGUAUAACUUGCUUCAUCGUUGAAAGAGAUACUCCUGGAUUAUCAAUUGGAAAGAAGGAGGAUAAACUUGGCAUGAGAUGUUCUGGAACCUGCACUGUUAAUUUUGAUAAUGUUCGGGUGCCAGAGUCGAAUAUACUGGGUGAGUUUGGCAGUGGUUACAGAUACGCGGCUGGCUUCUUGAACCAGGGCCGGAUUGGCAUUGCUGCUCAGAUGGUGGGAUUGGCUCAAGGCUGCUUCGAUGCCACUGUUCCGUACACUCUGCAGCGGGAGCAGUUUGGUAACAAGAUCUUCUCGUUUCAAUCUGUCCAGCAUCAGCUUGCCAACAUAGCAACUGAGAUAGAGUGCGCUAGGUUGCUGACCUAUAACGCUGCCAGGCUGCUAGAGGGCGGUCAUGAAUUCAUCCAACAGGCUUCAAUGGCUAAGCUCUAUGCUUCAAGUAAGAUACAUUAUCACCAUAUAACAUUACUCUAGUGAGGUCCACAUUAU